AUGCCAACUUUCACAAGGCUAGCCCCUGGGGGUGCUGUGAACAUUGUUGAUUGGUCAACUAUCGGUGGUGUAAGGCCCUAUGAUCAUUUGUUGAUCGAGGCGACGGUAGUGAUUGACAAGGCAUUGAUUAAGGUUAAGCGUGUAUAUAGCCUUACUAAGGAUAAGAUGGCUUGCUAUGAUGACCUGAAGCUGGAGGCUUCUGACUAG